AUGUUCCUGUUGAAGAGCCUCGCAGCGGCCUGGAUCAGCUCGUGUCUGUUUGCGACCCCGAACGCACAUUCUACGGAGAGAAACCCGUUGACUUAUUUAUCGCUGGUGGAGAACGCGAGAUUCAAUACCCCCUCGCAUCGCAUACAUGCCCUCUCGAAAUUCGAUCUGACCUUCGACUUGCACAAUGGCGAACAAAGGAUUAGGCUGACGCUGGCCCCGAACCACGAUGUGAUCCAGAACGGGGCUACCAUACAGCACCUUGCGCCCGACGGAACGGUCAAGACGGAGGAGUUGAUCGAUCGCGCGGAAUACAGGAUAUUCAAGGGCCAGGCCUGGCUGCAGUAUUAUGCCGGAGCCGAGUGGACGAAUGUUGGGUGGGCGCGGAUAAUGGUUCAACAGGAUGGGGCUGAGCCAUUGUUCGAGGGUGCAUUUAGGGUUGACGGGGAUCAUCACCAUAUCCAGACCCGGACGCAUUACAUGCAGACCAAGAAUGCCCAGGAUCCGGCGAUGGAGGACAAGGGCUUUGAAUAUAUGGUCCUGUGGAGGGACUCGGAUGUCAGUGCUGACGCCUAUAUGGACUUCGAAGGCCACGCCCAUGGGGAAUUGAAGAGAGGUUUUGGGAACGAUGGAUCGUGUUCCGCUGAUGUGUUGGAUUUCAACACGCAAGGUGAUCACCCGAUCUACACUGGAAUGGCUAAGAGGGACGAAGAUAGCUUCGGCUCCACCUACACCAAGAUGCUCUUUGGGCGACAGAUAGACGGACAGACGGUUGGAAAUUCAGCGGGAGUGGAUUUAUCCAGCACUAUUGGAAACUCUGCUGGAUGUCCCUCUACCCGAAGAGUCGCUCUCGUUGGUGUCGCUACGGAUUGCUCAUACUCGGCCGACUUUAACUCGACCUCUGCCGCCAGAGCAAAUAUCAUCAGCGUGAUGAAUAUGGCUUCUGUCCUGUACGAGGACACCUUCAACAUUACGUUGGGUAUUCAGAAUUUGACAAUCAGUGACCCAGUAUGUCCUGCCACACCACCAUCGACCGCCCUUUGGAACGGUGCGUGCAGCGACUCUGUUACGAUCCAAGACCGCCUAAACCUUUUCUCGGGAUGGAGAGGAGAACGAGUUGAUACCAAUGCUUACUGGACUCUGCUCACCAAGUGUGGCUCCGGAUCUGCUGUCGGACUUGCAUGGUUGGGACAAGCGUGUGUUGCUACCUCCCAGAGUACUUCCACUGCCUCCGGCAACGAAACUGUCAGCGGAGCCAAUGUUGUUGUAAGAACAAGCUCCGAGUGGCAGGUCAUUGCCCACGAAACCGGUCACACUUUUGGCGCCGUUCACGACUGUAACUCGGCCAGCUGCAGCGAUGGUGCCACCGUGAAGUCUCAGCAGUGCUGCCCGUUGAGCUCCACGAUUUGUGAUGCUGCUGGGGCCUAUAUCAUGAACCCUAGCACCGCACCUAACAUCAAGACUUUCUCACCAUGCACGAUUGGAAAUAUUUGCAAUGCUAUCGGUAGGAACAGUGUCAAGACGAGCUGUUUGACGGCCAACAGGGAUAUCACGACAAUAUCUGGGAGCCAAUGCGGAAAUGGAAUCGUCGAGUCUGGAGAGGACUGCGAUUGUGGUGGAGCUAGCGGCUGCGGAUCGAACGCUUGCUGUGAGCCGACCACUUGCAAGUUUAAGAACAAUGCGGUCUGUGAUCCUAGCAACGAAGAGUGCUGCACUGGCAGCUGUCAAUUUGCCUCCAAUAGUACUGUAUGCCGAACUAGUACGGGCACGUGCGAUCCAGAGGAGACGUGCAGCGGUAGCAGUCCUUUUUGCCCAGCCGACAAUAAUGCUCCAGACGGAACAUCCUGUGGCGACUCUCUCCAGUGCGCAUCCGGCCAAUGUACCUCUCGCGACCUCCAAUGCAAGACCCUGAUGGGCUCCUACACCCAGGAAAACGACACCUACGCCUGCUCCUCCUCCGGCUGCCAAAUCUCGUGCGCCUCCCCCGAAUUUGGCGCCAAUGUCUGCUACUCCAUGCAGCAGAACUUCCUGGACGGCUCCACCUGCGGCGGCGGCGGGAAAUGCUUGAAUGGGCAAUGCAAGGGCUCCAGCGUGAGCAAGGAAAUCACCAGCUGGAUAGAGCGCAACAGGACGCUUGUCAUUGCUCUUGCCUCGGUGGUUGGUGGUUUUAUCGUUCUGUCCAUCGUCUCCUGCUGCUUGUCGAGAUGCCGAAACUGGAGCCGAAGGCGCGCUCGGCCCACAGCACCUCCAGCACCCCGCGGGUGGGUCGAGCAGCCGCAGUGGAAUAUGGCGGGUGCACCGCCCAACAUGAAUUACAGUGCGUAUGACGCGAACGGGUCGUGGGAGAACGGGAGGUGGCAGCCGCCGAGGGAACCGCCUUUAGCGUGGCAGCCUAGCGUGCGGUACGCAUGA